ACGAAAUUUUGGACUGCGAGCAGGCUAAUUUAUCACUUAUACCAAAAUUUAUCAGGUACAUUUAAUCAAAAGUAUCACCAUUUUAGUCCUAAUACCAAGAAUAUGAUCGCAAAAUUUGCGUUACAAAAUCAAUAGACCAUAAUGCAUUGCGAAUGCAAGAUGGCGGAAUAACUCUCCAGAGUCUUCAAAGAUUGUUCGCAUUUUGGUUUUGGUCCUGGGUACUACAUAAACAAAAUGGCGUGUGAAAAGAAGGUAAAAAAAAUAUUUCCCUUUUUUAUCGUUCAAAAAUAUUAACAUUGUGGAGAUUUUUGAAGAUUAUCUUGAUAUAGUUUGUUGCUAGAUGCAUUGUUGAAUAUUUCUAGGAUAUUGGUGAUAAUUUAUCCCAAGAGAAUGCUGAAAUAAAUUCGUCUGAAGUUAGUGAACCAGUGAAUGAUGGAGCUAGCGGUUCGACAUCGACAGCAAGUGAGGGGACAUCUAGUGCAGCUAACAAGAGAGCAGAGCGCUUGAAAAAGCUGAAGGAACUUCAUUUAAGAAGGGUAAUGUGUUUCUGUGUUUGUUUGUCUUUUAAAACGAUUAUGUGGUAAUGGUUCUGCACUUAUGAAUAGUUAUGAUUUAAAAGUUGACUUAUCAGUUUGGGCUGCAUCAUAGAGAAGCUAUUAUAAAACUAGAGUAUAUGCUGUAUGCCAUACAUUCUAUAUAUCAUAUUGUAUAUCAACUCACAAAACUAUAUUCCUAAUUAUUUUCUACCUCUAUAUUGUGUUAUUUUUUAUUGUACAGUUUAUGAAAUAAGAUCUGAUAUGUUUUAUAUUCAUAAAAUAAUUUUCUCUUGCUCCUGACAUUUCUAGAAUGAAGCGAGGAAAAUGAACUAUCAGGAAGUGGUAGAGGAAGACAGAAAAAAGAAGCUGCCAGCAAACUGGGAGGCAAAACAAAAAAGAGUUGAUUGGGAGCUACAAGAUCAUAAAGCUAGAGCUGUUAGUUUAAUCUCUUUUUAGCAUAUCAUAACAUGAAAAUGCUUGAGAGUUGAGGAUGGAUUGGGAUUCAACUACCUGGAAAAUACAUGUAAAGGCCCGUUUACACGGGCGAUUUUUGCUGCGAUUUCUGUUGCGAUUUUCUCCUUUUGGAGGAUGUGAAGGAGUAGAUUACUUAAUGAUGUUGUUAUGAGAUUUCAUAACUUGGAACAUUUAUAACUGAUUUACUCCUUCACAUCCUCCAAAAGGAGAAAAUUGCAACUGAAAUCGCAGCAAAAAUUGCCCGUGUAAAUGGGCCUUAAAACUUCGACGUUCCGAGGAAAGGCCCUUUAACGGGAAGUUAGUCUGAUUGUGUUUUUCAGGUAGUAAUGAAUCCCUAUCCAUCCACAGUUUUCUGGUGUUUUAUCACUCUUUAGCAUAUUGUAGCAUGAAAAGGCUCUGAAGUAGAGAGGACUACACUGAUCUAGGGUGUAAAAGAUUUGACCUGUCUGUCACUUCAACUUGCUUAGCAGUAUUUACAGACACCGCAUUUUGAGGAUCACCCUUGCAUGUUUUUGCUCCCCUUUCCAUGAAAAAUUAUUUAUAAUCUGCCUUAGCUAAGAUCUACACCCAAGGUAUAUUGUUUGAUUACUUAAUUAAGCAGUUGAUAUUGUACGACAAUUUUGUGGACUAUCAUUCACAAUCAACAACAUAAUAAAUCAAACCUAAAGUGUAACAUGCAUGUAAUUAACCUAGCCAUAUGCUACCCAUUUAUUUCAGUGUAAAAUACCCAAAGUACUAAUACUAUGUACAGUUUGGUCUCGUAAUGUGUCAUUCCAGAAAACAUCCUGACCGCCCCCAUUGCGAAAAUUGGAAGUUAACCCUCCUAUCCCCUUUUGGACAUAUUACCAGAAGUGAGUAACCCGCUGUCCCUCCGAACAGCAGAACUGUCCUUGCUUGAGGAGUGUGGAUCUGGAAUGAUCCAAUGUCUAGUAAUCUGGUAACUUACAAAAUGUUAUAUCUUGAAAUUUUACUUUAGGAAGCAGAAGCUCAAGGUGAAGAUUACGAUCGUUUGAAAAUGCUUGAGGUGACGGCUGAGGAUGCGGAGAAACUGGACAAGAGGAAGAAAAGGAAAAAGAAUGCCGAUGUUGGUUUUUCAGGUACAAAACUGAGGUGUACAUCCCCAGAUUGCCCCCCCCCUCUCAUGAUGUACAGUAGUUUUGAUGUAGAGUGUGAUGGUAGUAGAAGGGUAAGUCUAUAGAAUAAAUUUUCUAAAUCACAAAUGCAUGUCACUUUUGUUUAAGCAAGCCAGUCACAAAACAUGUUCAGGAUAGAUUUGUAUUUACUCGGGAUCUGUAAAAUGAUGCAAUAAUUUAUGUUUGACAGAUUAUGCUGCGGCCCAACAAAGACAAUAUUCACGUCUGGUGAAGCAAAUGAAGCCAGAUCUUGCUGAAUACCAAGAACAGAAAGAAAAACUGUCAGUACUUUUUAUUUUUCUUCACUAAGUUACAAGGAUAAUGAAUUCAUGACAACAUUAAUGCUAAAACACUAAUGUUAAAUUAUUGCUUUUUUGAAUGCAUUUAAACUGUUCUCUGUUUAUUUCUACUGCAGCGGAGAGCAAAUGUAUCCCACAGCAAACAACAUCAGUUAUGGAGGUGAGGGCAAAGUGUCCAAAGAAGGUGUGGAUCGCAUGGUGGCUGAUCUAGAAAAACAGUAAGUUUGUUGAAUAAGAUUUCAGAACCAUCCUCAAAGAUAUGAAAAACUAAGUUUCAUAUUUAUUCUCAUACUGCAGAGAACAACGAAAAAUUCAUUGUCUUGAGCGGGACUCGAACUUGCAGCGUCUUGAAACACUGCUCCAAGACAAGCAUCAAGGCCUAUCUCCACUUAGGAAAAUUUUCCGCAGAAGGAAUAUUUUGUAAAAUGUGAUUGGCCGACACAUAUUUGCCGUCGGAAAAAAAUUUUGAAGUUGAAAAUUUUCAACUUUUACCAAUGAUAUUUUCGGAAAAUUUUCCGUCCGUGGAAAUUUUUUUCAGUGGAAAUGGGCCUUUCAGUCGUCGCGAAAAUAUUUUGUGCGCUUAAAUUAGAUACGACUCGCUCUACCAAUCCCUGUUGACUCGAAAGCUCAAUGGGUAGAGCGGCGCUCCAGAUACCCGAAGAUGUGAGUUUGAACCCCGUUCGAGACAGCGAAUUUUUCGUUGUUGAAUUUUAAGCCCGACUCAAACGAGCAUGAGAGUUGGCAGUAACGCUACCUUGGUUAGCUGUUCUUAAUGCUUUUCCAACACUAUCAUUCCAACACUAUUUAAGUUAAAACAUGGUUGGAACACCCACCAAUCCUUUAUUUUGUUAAUCUAGAGCUUAAAAUGCCCCCUGUAACAAUACGUGACUGCCACCUCUCAUCACUGAGUGACCUGGUCUUUAAUCACGCUAGGAGUAUAAAACUCGUGUACAGUAUGUAUGUACGCAUGUUCGUCUAUGUAGACAAACCACGCACGUUUGUUUUGACGGAUGAUUCGUCUGUUUGCCGUGUUUGUACAAAAACACUUCAACGGAAUUUUGGUAUUUUUUCAGGAUUGACAAACGUUCAAAAUACAGUCGACGUCGUGCACAUUGUGACGAAGCGGAUAUCAGUUUUAUCAACGAAAGAAAUAUGAACUUCAACAAGAAAUUAUCUCGCUUUUAUGAUCAAUAUACUGGAGAGAUCAGACAGAAUUUGGAGCGUGGGACCGCUAUCUAACACGUGCCCAAAAAUGCUAAUGAGCUUAUCUUUGUUCUGUAUGGAGAACAGAAUGAAUCAUCUAUGGAGAACAGAAUGAAUGAUGAUGCUAUGACCAACAGUAGCAAUGAAGACAAUAUUCUCUUAUUAUACACGGUGUCUACUGAGCAAAAUAUGUAAAAUAGUUAUUUUUGUUCUGGAGAUGAGACGGAAUUUUGGAUUGGAGAAUUUUUUCACUUUUUGUUUUGGGAAUAUGGUAUUUUUUCUUUACUGCUUAAAGCGGAACUGUUUCAAAACCUGAUGUGGAAUAUCUCGGUUUUACAACUAAAUAUGGAAUUUAAUGUAAUGCAAUUUUUUCUAAAGUUUAGCCCUAUUACUGUGCAAUUUUUAAGCUCCAAAAUUCUACCUUAUCCCUCGAUUUUGUAAUGAUUUUAAGUAAACAUAAUUGUCACACGUGAGAGUCUGGUAUAGAUCGUACUCUGUAAUAAGUUACCUUGGUCUGUGUCCAAACUACCUCAAAAUACUCAGUCAAAUCCUUUUCACGCAGUUCAGACCCAAACCACGGAAACCUAAACAUGAACUGUAUAUUGUAUUGUAACGUCUUAUAGAAUAAUGGGUAGAGUAUUUAUGUUUGAUUUUCUUUUCCAGGAAGACUUUGGACACAUAGUAUUUUGAUAUCGUGUUAAUGAAUUUUUUAAAUAGGAGCUAAUAUCGGCCGACUUCUUGAAAACCCACGUAUAGCAUGUUUGUCAAACUAUGGGAUGACCAUAAAAGGACAGUGCAUGCGAAGAGCUCGACUCUCAAUUUUUUAUAACAGAGAUUGUGUGUAAAAUAUACAUCUAUAUAGUAUACCUCCUUUUUUGGCUGGCUGUUGUUUUUUUAACGUUUUUAAUUCGUCCAAAAUGAAAUUUGUUAUGCUCAU